AUGAUGAUGACGGGCCAAUUAGUUGUGUAUUGCUCCGUCGCGGCGGCACUACUGCGCGGCGGGCCGCGGAUCGCGAAAGCGCCGCGACGCCGCGCCCGCGCGAAGGCGGGCGCGGCGCUGUCGGCGGACGGCGACGCGCACGCCAUCACGGUCGUGGACGCGGCGGCCAUCGUCGGCGGGUCGGCGGUCGGAGGCGGGUUCCUGGCCGUGCCAGCGAUCGCACGGGACGUCGGCCUCCGGCCCGCGGCGCUGGGCCUGACGGGCGCCUGGGCCUUCUUCGCGCUGGCGGCCCUCGGGUACGUCGAGGCCGCGGGCGGCGCGAUGGCCGCGGGACCGCUCGAGGGCGAAGACGCGGCGGCCUCCAUUCGCGCGGUCUCGCGGCGCAUAUUCGGUCCCGUCGUGUCGCGCGCGGCCACGGCGACGUUCGCGGUGCAGCUGCUGGCGAUCCUCGCGGCGAAUUUGAGCUUGCUGCGCGCUCCGUGGACGGCGGCGGCCGCGUUGGGGGCUUUCGUCGCGUUCGCACCCGCCGCGAUCGUGGCCAGGGCCAACACCCUGUGCACGGCCGCGACCAUCUGCGGCUUCGUCGGCCUUUCCGCUCUUUCUUUGGCCGCCGGCGGCACGCCCAUCCGGACGCCCGCGCGCUGGGUCAAGCUCCUUCCGCGGCGAGGCUGGGCCGUGCCGCUCGUGGCGAACACGAUGCGAUUCGGCGAGGCCGUGCCGGUCGUCGUCGGCAAAUUCGGCAGUCGGCGGCUGCGGGAGGCGCGCGCGGCCGUGCUGCUGGGGUCCCUGAUGCCCCUGGCGCUCGCGUUGCUGUACGCCGCGGCGUCCGCGCGGGCGCCGACGGGCGCGCCGUCCGCCGCGCUGCGAGGCGCGACGGGCCUGGCGGCCGCGGGCGCCGUCGCGUCCACGGUGCUCGGCUGUCUCAUGGCCGUGGGCCAGCUGCUCCGGCGCCAAGACGGCGGCGAGUCGGGCCCGUGGCGGUCCCUCGCGGCCGCGGGCGCCGUGGCUCUCCCCGCGGGCGUUGCCGCGGGCGCCGGCCGCGACGCGUACUUGUUGCUGUUGCGUUUCGCGGGGGCGAUCCCGACGGUCGUCCUCUACGGGCUCCUGCCACCGUUGGCCGCCUUGCACACGCGCCGUACGGCGGCACCGCGCGCGGACGUCGUGCCCGCGGCCGCGCUCGCGGCGGUCGCCGCCGGCGCGCUCGGCGUUCUCGCCGUCAAUUUGUCCCAUCUCGUCGUCGUGUGCUGA